AUGAUUUUAAAGCUUGAUAUUCGGAAAGCCUAUGAUAGGGUGGAUAGGGAUUUUCUUGUGGCUGCGAUGGAAAGAUUUGGUUUUGGUAAGUCCUGGAUUAAGUGGAUUUCCAGUAUGAUUAUGCAGUUCUCAGCUUCGGUUUUAGUUAAUGGCAACCCUCAUGGCUUCUUUUCAACGUCGAGGGGUAUUCGGCAAGGGGAUCCAAUAUCCCCCUUUCUCUUCAUUUUGAUGGCUAAAGUUCUUGGACGAUUGAUUGCUGGUAAGAGAGAUCAAGGGUUGUGGAAGGGUAUUGAGAUUGCUCAAGGGGUUGUUCCCACAACUCAUUCUCAGUUUGCGAAUGACACCUGUCUAUUCGAGGUUGCUUCUAUGUGUGAGGCCUCGGUCAUGAAGAAAGUCUUGGACAGAUACUUGGGGGCUACUGGUCAGGAGAUAAACUGGCUCAAAUCUGAGGUUUUUUUCUUUCAUACGGAAGGUUGGUCACAGAGAGCUAUUGCUAGAGUGUUCGAGAUAAAGAUUGGUCAACUCCUGGGUAAGUUCCUUGGUAUGCCGCUCUUUGCAGGAGCAGGAAAGUCAAAAAUGUGGAAAGGGUUGCUUGAUGGUUGUAAAGCUAAGAUGGAGGGCUGGAAGAGUAAGUGGCUUUCUUUGGCUAGACACAUCUUGAUGUUGAAGACAGUUGUUUCGGCUAUGCCUAUUUUCCCAAUGGCUUGCUUCAAACUACCAGCCUCUAUCAUCAAGAAUAUGCAGCAGAAGAUGAGGAAGUUUUUGUGGAAUGGUAGUCAGGAUCAGGAUAAAGUUCCACUUAUGGCUCGGGAUAGAGUUUGUAAACCCAAAGGUGGGGGAGGGGCGGGACUCCGUGAUUGGAAGAUUAUUAACGAGGCCAUGGGGGCUAAGUUGGUUUGGCAAAAGUAUAGGAAAUCGAAACAGAGAUGGGUCAGAAUUUUACAAGCUAAGUAUUUGGAUAGUAGGGAAAAGGAAAGGAUCCUGAUAGUGAGAGAUCCCCCAAGAGGGUCAGCUUUGUGGAAUUUUUUGGUGAGUUGUAGAUGCCUGAUAACAAAUCACAUUUCGUGGCGUAUUGGUGAUGGGCAUAAGGCAAACUUUUGGCAGGAUUCCUGGGAUGGUCAUCCAUCUUUAGAAUCCUAG